CGCGAGACAGUCAACAGAGACAUGAGCUCGGGAGUAAAAGUGUUGUUGGUGUUGUUGGAGCUUUUAGUGACCUGGGAUAUCAGUUUAUCACAGCCACUUUUAGCAAGAAGUACUUACAAAGGACUAAGAGGAGUUUUUCUACCUAGUGUUAAAUUACGAUCGGCCGAUUUUAAGCGGGCUGUUUAUUACCAUGAUCAGGCAGUAGCAGUCGUUGAUAUUAAUGAAAAUAAUGAAAUGCUCAAUUGUGAUAUUAUUGAAGUUUACGAACCAAAUGAAGCUGGAGAGGUACUCGGAAAUCUUUCGAUCUCAUCACAUCCAACAGAGAUAGCAUUUUCACAAAUGACCAGUUUAAUGUAUCGAUGUGAAAUGUUAGACAGAAUCCAAAGAUCUCAAGAUAAAAUUAAGAGUACACCCAAAGGAGCAUUCGAAAGAGCCAAUAUGUUUGGCACUCAUGCACUUAAUUUAUUUUCUGGUAUACUGCCAGGUACUAAAUGGUGUGGAACUGGAGACAUUGCCGAAAAUUAUCAUGAUCUCGGAUCAGAUACCGAAAUCGAUCAAUGUUGUCGGACUCAUGAUUUGUGUCCUGUGAAAAUUCGCGCACAACAAAAUCGCUAUAAUCUUACUAAUUACUCAUUGUAUAGCAAAUCUCACUGUGAUUGUGACAAUGCAUUCUAUCAGUGUCUAAAAAAUUUAGACAGUCCAACGGCUAGUAUUAUGGGUAAACUUUAUUUCAAUGUCGUUAAAGUUGGUUGCAUCGAAGAUUUGGCUGAAAAUAUAAACGCCUUAUCGACCAUGUCACCCAGAAGAAGGUUUUCAGCAACGCGAUUAUCAUUUUAA